AUGUUGGCAUCACGCUCCGUCACAGCCGCCUCGACGGUGCUCAGGACGGCUUCUCGCAGCUCCUUGCCCCGUCACCUUGCUGCUCGCGUCGCAUCAUCGGCUUCGGCUCGUGUCACACGAGCAACGAGCUCUCUCCGCAAUGACCCGGUCAGCCCUCGACAGCUGCACUCAAGCUCGAAGCGCAAUGCUGACGCAAAGGGUGAGGCUAUGGCUUCGCCUUCGGCGCCCCUCACCGACGCUCUCUCCAAGACCGGCCUGUACGAGUUCCACGUCAAGAAUGGCGGCAAGAUGGUCCCCUUUGGCGGCUACCUCAUGCCGCUCACUUACGGCGAUGUGGGUCAAGUCGCUUCACACCAUCAUGUCCGCACACACGCCGGCCUUUUCGAUGUAGGCCACAUGGUGCAGCACAAGUUCAAGGGACCUGGCGCGCUCAAAUUCCUGCAGCAUCUGACGCCGGCAUCAUUGACCUCGAUGCCUGCUUUCACAUCUACGCUGUCGGUGCUCAUGUCCGAACAGGGCGGUAUCCUGGACGACCUCAUCAUCACCAAGCAUGCGGACGACAGCUUCUACGUCGUCACCAACGCCGGAUGCCGCACCGAAGACCUCGCCUGGUUCAAGAAGCAGCUCGACGCAUGGAAGGGCGACGCUGUUGAGCACGAGGUCAUGGACGACUGGGGACUGCUCGCUCUGCAAGGACCAACCGCAGCCAAAGUCCUCGAGAAGCUGGCCGGCGGGUUCGACCUCAGCACGCUCACUUUUGGCAAGAGCGCAUUCGUGCCCCUGAGCGUGAACGGCGACAAGGUCGAGUGCCACGUGGCUCGAGCCGGCUACACCGGUGAAGAUGGAUUUGAGAUCUCAAUCCCUCCUGCAUCCACGAUCCAAGUCGCCGAGACGUUGCUGUCGGACAGCGAGGUUCAGUUGGCCGGUUUGGCAGCACGAGACAGUCUACGACUCGAGGCGGGCAUGUGCCUUUAUGGUCACGAUUUGGAUGCUACCGUCAGCCCGAUCGAGGCCGCACUGGCAUGGUGCGUGGGCAAGGACCGCCGUGCCGCCGGUGACUUUUUGGGCGCCGAGCGAGUGCUCAAGGAGCUCAAAGAGGGACCUCCUCGCCGCCGAGUCGGUCUGUUUGUCGACGGUGGCAUUGCACGAGAAGGCGCCAACCUCUUCACACCCGAGGGCAAGAUUGUCGGCCGCGUCACCUCGGGUAUCCCCAGCCCUACCUUGAACAAGAACAUCGCCAUGGCCUUGGUCGAGAAUGGUCAGCACAAGAAGGGCACCAAGCUCAAGGUGGAGAUCCGAAAGAAGCUGCGUGAUGCCGAGGUAGCCAAGAUGCCGUUUGUCGAGAACAAGUUCUUCCGCGGGUGA